GACGCAGCAGCAAGAGGGUACAAGCAAGUCAGCAUUUUGUGUCGUCAUACGGACGUUCUUGUCCUCCUUUUGGCACACCGAGAACAGCUUUGUCAGGAGAUAUGGAUGUUUGCGGGUACAUCAAGAGAAAGGCGUUACAUACCAGUUCACAGAAUCCCGCUCUCUGGCAUUUCAUGCCAUUACUGGCUGUGAUACGACAAGCCAGUUCUAUGGUGUGGGCAAAGCAUCGGCAUGGAAAGUCUUCGAAGAUGCACCUGACCUCUUGGAACACCUUGGAGAAGAAAGCCAAAUCAGUGCUGACGUUCUUGCCAAAUCUGAAGCCUUUGUGUGCAAACUCUACAAUCCGGGAACACAAGAGGUGGAAAUCAACAAAGAAAGAGCAGCAGAGUUUCGCAAAUCCAAGAAAGAUCUCGACGCCCUACCUCCGACUCAAGAUGCACUGAUUCUCCACAUAAAGCGAGCAAACUAUCAGACCAUGGUAUGGAAAAAAGCGCUGGAACCAUGUCCUUCUCUC